CCGCACACGAUCCUGCGCCAGACGCUCCUACACAGUAACCUGGAAAUUGUCACCGGCGGAGCAAAGUCACAGGGCAGGGAGGCCCUCCGCGUUGUCUGGCGGAGGAGGGGAGUGGCAGGUGAUCCUCACAGUCACUCUAGGAAAGCCAGCUGCCAUGACAUAAGGAUACUCAGGCCACCAAUGGACAGCCCAGGCAGGAGGCAUGAAGGUGUGCCAGCCAUUGUGUCAGUCACCUUAUAAGCAGAUUUUCUGAGACCUGCUAACGGCCAUAUGAGUGACGUUGGAUGGGGGUUGUCACCAGUCAAGCCUUGAGAUGACUGCAGCCAUGACCCACAGCUUGACUACAACCCAUGAGAGACACUGAGCCAGGAACACCCACCUGAAAUGCCUCCAGACCCCUGACCUACAGCGACUGUGAGAUAAUCAGUGUUUGUUGCCUUAAGCCACGAAGUUUGUGAUAAUUUGUUUCUCGACAACAGAUAACUAAUACAGACCCGGAAGUGAAUCGCCUCAGUGAAGGUCACACUGCAGUGCUAUUGAUUUCUAAAGACUUAUGUUAUGUGAGGAAGCAGCUCAGAAGAGGACAGAAAAAGAGCCAGGCAUGGCUUUUCCUCAGGGACACUUGACUUUUAGGGAUGUGGCUAUAGAAUUCUCUUUGGAGGAGUGGAAAUGCCUGGACCCUGCACAGAGGGCUUUAUACAGGGCCAUGAUGUUGGAGAACUACAGGAACCUGCAUUCUGUGGAUAUCUCUUCCAAAUGCAUGAUGAAGAAGUUCUCAUCAACAGGGCAAGGCAAUACAGAAGUGUUCCACAUGGGGACAUUGGAUAGACAUGAAAGUCAUCACAUUGGAGAUUUUUGCUUCCAGGAAAUUGGGAAAGAUAUUCAUGACUUUGAGUUUCAGUGGCAAGAAGAUGAAAGAAAUAGCACAGACAGAUAUGAUUGAAGGCAUGCUGGAAACAAGCCUAUUAAAGAUCAGCUUGGAUGAAGCUUUCGUUCACAUCUUCCUGAACUCCACAUAUUUCAGACCAAAGGGAAAGUUGGUAAUCAAGUUGAGAAGUCUAUCAACGAUACUUCCUCGGUUCCAACGUCCCAAAGAAUUUCUUCUAGGCCCAAAAUCCAUAUUUCUAAUAACUAUGCAAAUAAUUUCCUCCAUUCGUCAGUACUCACACAAAAACAGGGAGUACACAUGAGAGAAAAAUGUUUCCAAUAUAAUGAGAGUGUCAGAGCCUUUAAUUGUAGCUCACUCGUAAGGAAACAUCAGAUAAUUCAUUUAGGAGGGAAACAAUAUAAAUGUGAUGUAUGUGGCAAGGUCUUUAAUCAGAAGCAAUACCUUGUAUGCCAUCGUAGAUGUCACACUGGUGAGAAACCUUACAAGUGUAAUGAAUGUGGCAAGGUUUUUAAUCAGUCAAACCUUGCAAGUCAUCAUAGACUUCAUACUGGAGAGAAACCUUACAAAUGUGAAGAAUGUGACAAAAUGUUUAGUCACAAAUCAAAUCUUAAAAGACAUAGGAGAAUUCAUACUGGAGAGAAACUAUACAAAUGGAGGAUUUGUGACAAGGCUUUCAGGCGUGAUUCACACCUGGUACAACAUACUAGAAUUCACACUGGAGAGAAACCUUACAAGUGUAAUGAAUGUGGCAAAGCCUUUAGUGGGCAGUCAACACUUAUUCACCAUCAAGCAAUCCAUGGUGUAGGGAAACUUUAUAAAUGUAAUGAUUGUCACAAAGUCUUCAGUAAUGCUACAACCAUUGCAAAUCAUUGGAGAAUCCGUAAUGAAGAGAGAUCUUACAAGUGUAAUAAAUGUGGCAGAUUUUUUAGACAUUGUUCAUAUCUUGCAGUUCAUUAGCGAACUCAUACUGGAGAGAAAACUUACAAGUGUCAUGAGUGUGGCAAGACCUUCACUCAGAUGUCAUCCCUUGUAUGCCAUCAUAGACUUCAUACUGGAGAGAAACCUUACAAUUGUAAUGAGUGUGGUAAGACCUUCUGUCACAAUUCAGCCCUUGUAAUUCAUAAAGCAAUUCAUACCGGAGAGAAACCUUACAAGUGUAAUGAACAUGGCAAGGUUUUUAAUCAACAGGCAACCCUUGCAUGUCAUCACAGACUUCAUACUGGAGAGAAACCUUACAAGUGUAAUGAAUGUGGCAAGGAUUUUAAUCAACAAGCAACCCUUGCACGUCAUCGUAGACUUCAUACUGGAGAGAAACCUUAUAAAUGUGAAGAAUGUGACAAAGUUUUCGGUCGCAAAUCACACCUUGAAACACAAAAGAGAAUUCAUACUGGAGAGAAACCUUACAAGUGUAAUGAGUGUGGCAAAGCCUUUAGUGGGCAGUCAACACUUACUCACCAUCAAGCAAUCCGUGGUAUAGGGAAACUUUACAAACGUAAUGAUUGUCACAAAGUCUUCAGUAACACUACAACCAUUGCAAAUAAUUGGAAAAUUCAUAAUGAAGAGAGAUCUUACAAGUGUAAUAAAUGUGGCAGAUUUGUCAGACAUCAUUCAAAUCUUGCAGUUCAUCAGCGAACUCAUACUGGAAAGAAACCUUACCAGUGUAAUGAGCAUGGCAAGACCUUCAGUCAGACGUCAUCCCUUGUAUGCCAUCGUAGACUUCAUACUGGAGAGAAACCUUACAAAUGUGAAGAAUGUGACAUUUUCAGUCGCAAAUCACACCUGGAAACACAUAUGAGGACUCAUACUGGAGAGAAACCUUACAAAUAUGAAGAAUGUGACAAAGUUUUCAGUCGCCAGUCAAACCUUGAAAGACAUAGGAGAAUUCAUUUUGGAGACAAACCAUACAAGUGUAAGGUUUGUGACAAGGCUUUCAGGCGUGCUUCACACCUGGCACGGCAUACUAGAAUUCACACUGGAGAGAAACCUUACAAGUGUAAUGAGUGUGGCAAAGCCUUUAGGGGGCAGUCAACACUUACUCACCAUCAAGCAAUCCAUGGUAUAGGGAAACUUUACUAAUGUAACGAUUGUCACAAAGUCUUCAGUAACACUACAACCAUUGCAAAUCACUGGAGAAUCCAUAAUGGAAAGAGAUCUUACAAGUGUAAUAAAUGUGGCAAAUUUUUCAGACAUCAUUCAAACCUUGCAGUUCAUCAGCGAACUCAUACUGGAGAGAAACCUUACAAAUGUGAUGAUUGUGGCGAGGUCUUCAGUCAAGCUUCAUCUUAUGCUAAACAUAGGAGAAUUCAUACAGGAGAGAAACCUCAGAAGUGUGAUAAUUGUGGCAAAGCCUUUACUUCACAUUUACACCUUAUUAGACAUCAGAGAAUCCAUAUUGGACAGAAAUCUUACAAAUGUCAUAAGCAUAGCAAGGUCUUCAGUCAGAAGUCACUCCUUGCGGAACAGCAGAAAAUUCAUUUUUGAGAUACUUAUUCCAAAUGCAAUGAGUAUAGCAAACCAUCAAGCAUUAAUUCACAUUAGAGUCAAUUCAGCAUUGACUUGAGUUUGAGUUUACUUGACAUUGAGUUCAAGCAUUAAUUGACAUUAAAGUGUUUAUGUUAAGAGGAUUGGGCUGGGCAGGGUGGCUCAUGCUUGUAAUCCUGGCACUUUGGGAGGUCAAGAUGGAUAGAUCACUUGAGGUCAGGAGUUUGAGACCAGCCUGGCCAACAGACAUGAGUCACUUUUCCCAGCCUGUUUUUUGUUUCUUUAUCAAAAACUGAUAGGGAUUUUUAUGGGUAUUGUGUUGAAUCUAAAUCACACUGGGUUAUAUAAUCAUUUAACAAUAUUAAUUUUUCCAAUCCAUCAAUAGGGGUUGUAUCUCUAUUUUAUAUAUGUUUUUAAUAAUUUUGAUCAAUGUUUGUAGAUUUUAAGGUGCAAACUUAUCGCCUUUUUACAUUUAUUCCUAAGUAUUUCUUACUGUAAGUUCUCUAGCAAAUGGAAGUGUUUUCUUAAUUUUCUUUUAAAAUUGUUUAAUGUAUGGAAAUUUAACUAAUUUUUGGUGCUGAUAUUGUAUUCUGCAAAUACACUGAAUGUGUUUAUUAGUUCCAGUAGUAUUUUGGUUGACUUUUGUGAUUUUCUACACAGUAGAACAUGCAAUCUACAAACAAAUACAAUUUUAGUUCUUUCUUUCUG